CCCGUUUAUAGUUUUUGAAAAGGCCUUAUGGAAUUGCCUGUCAGUUGGAGAGUGUCAUAUAGUACAAUUUCGUACUCUCUAACCUAAGUUAACGUCGGUGAUUAUUAUUGUUUUUAUUUUUUUCUUUAAUACCAUAUGAUGGAAGUAAAACAAGAACAGUGGGAUAUGGAUAUUAAAGAGGAGAAAUUAGAAGCUGCAAAAUACUUUUUUGAGAAAGAAAAUGAAAUUUUCAUCAAGGAUAAAAACAAUGAAUCAAAUUGUGUUCUUAAAGCCGAAUUAAUUUCAAUAAAACAAGAAACCGAUGCCGACUAUUUACAUCAAACAUUUAUAAAUGUGAAAAGUGAAAAUAACCAGAUUAUUCAAGGUGUGAAUAAAAACUAUGUUCAUUUGAAAAACGCCAAACAAUCCAGAUCAGGAUCAACUUUGCUUAUGAAAAACACAAAGCACUGGAUCUUACUUGGAGGUAUUUUCGUAUGUAAAUUAUGUGGAAAUUUGUUCAUUAAGAAAUUUGAAGUACUUCACCACGCUGCACUACAUUUUGUUAAAAAAAUAAGUGUGAAUACAAACAAGUCGAAGAACAUCGAUAAGAAAUUGAAAAAUCCGUUUCAUUUAAAAAAUGUAAAUCGCAGAAAAGAAACCACAAAACCAGUGAAUAACGAUAAAUCAAAUGAUUCUUCCAAUCAAAUAAAUAUCAAACUAGGAGAUGUGGAUUCGGGAAACGAGAAUUCAAAAUAUGAAUUUUCUCCUAAAGUUUUCUUAUCAAAAAGUAAAUUGGUCAAACAGAAAAGUAAUCAAGUUACCGACAAACGAUACGAAUGCGUAAUUUGUUCAAAAUCUUUCAAAAUAUCUAGAUCUUUGAAUAUCCAUAUGCUCAGUCACACCGGCGAGAGACCAUUCAAAUGUGACGUUUGUUCAAAAUCGUUCAAAUCUAAAUGGACGUUGGUGUUGCAUACGCGAAUCCACACUGGGAUAAAACCGUUUAAAUGCGAAAUUUGUACUAGAUCUUUCACCCAACAAGGAAAUUUCAAUAAACACGUGCGCGAUCACGCGCAAAAGCCAUUCAAAUGUGAAAUCUGCUUGAGAUUAUUCGCAGAUGAAGAUGGUUUGUUCAAACACAUAUCGAUUCACGAAGAAAAAAAACCAAACAAGUGCGACAUUUGUUCGAAAAUAUUCGCGUCCAAAGGUAAUUUAGUCCAACACCAGCGUUGUCAUACCGGCGAAAAACCGUUCAAGUGCGAAAUUUGUUCGAAAGGAUUUUCAAACGGAAGCUCUUUAGUGAAACACGUCCGAGUCCACACCGGCGAAAAACCGUUCAAAUGUGACAUUUGCUUGAAAACGUUCAAACGAAGAGACAGUUUAAAUUACCAUUUACGUUGUCACAAUAACGAAAAAGAUUUCAAAUGCGAAAUAUGUUGUAAAGCUUUCGCACGUGCGGACACUUUGGUAAAACACAAUCGGAUUCACACCGGCGAAAAACCGUUCAAAUGCGAUAUUUGCGCCAAAACUUUUUUCCAACGAGAUAAUUUAAUUGAUCAUACGCGUAGUCAUACCGGCGAGAAACCGUUUAUAUGUGGAAUAUGUUUUAAAUCGUUCGGAAGGCGAGGUACUUUGAAUAUACACAUACGUACUCAUACGGGCGAAAAACCUUUCAAAUGCGAUAUUUGUUUGAAAACGUUCUCUCACAAAACUAGUAUGCUUCAACACGUACAUAUCCAUACGUCUGAGAAACCGUUCAAAUGCGAUGUUUGUUCCAAAUCUUAUAGUAUUCGAAGUACUUUUCUUCGGCACGUACGCGGUCAUACAGGAAGAACUCCCUUCAAAUGUGAAAUUUGUUCAAAAUGUUUCACUUGUACUAAUAAGUUCGUUAAACACAUGAAUACUCAUUGUCUUUGAAUUGUAAUAUCGAUUCAUAUAUUGGAAAUUGCUACUUUGUCGAGGGUUUUCCAAUGAGGACUCGACAACUUUUUUUCAAAAUAAAAUGAAAACCUUUUGAGAUAUUUCAAAAACUUUAUUAUCGGGUUGAAGUACAUUCAACCACCUUUAGUUCUCUCAAUAUCUAUUCAGUUGCAAGUUCUUGAUGAUUAUACCAACAUUCGCAUGUAUCGCAAGGUAUAAGUCUUCUUUUGACUUGGAGACACCUUUUUGCUAUCGAUUUUUCGCCCUGUAUCAUUUGCCCUUUUAGUAUUUAGCUCUCUUUUCAGAAAUUCCAUCCAUACCACUAGAAAAAAUCUUUACGCCACCAAUUUCCGGCUUCUCGAUAUUUUUCAUCAAAUCCACAUAUUCCAAGUUCACCUAUUGAUACGGGACACUAAUAGACUCAAACUUAAAAGGACAAACUAUCCAAACUUAUUUUGUUCCAAAAACGCCGACACCCCUAUACGCCAAACAGGCUCUUUCCAAAGGCUUCAAUUACACUAUUCAUACCCAUAGAAACCAUCAUUUGUCAAACAGAAUAGGUCAUCUGUGAAUUCCCUUCCAACCAAGCUGAAAUUAUCAGGCAAUCAGCUGCUGGUGAUGUCACUAUAUAGUAAACACCAGAUGCGGUCCGAUUGCCAUUUAAUUUGUUUUGUUUUGACCAUCAGUACAUCAGCGAUUCUAUUUUCUUAUGGUUUAUAGACAAUUGAAAACGAACAGUUUAAACUUAUUAAUACUAGAUGCAACUAUUGUCAGUGUGAUCAACGCGCAUCAAAGCUUUCGAAAAAAAAUAAAAUUAAACAAAGUUUUUCUCGUUUAUAUAUUUCCAUGAAAAUGUGUAUUACACCAAUUCGUUCGGAACUACCGUUUGUUCCAAUCAUUACACUAUUAAAUUAAACUUGUUUAUGGUAAUGUUUCAUGUACAUAUAAAAAAGAAGAAGAAUGUUUAUAUGUCAAAAUAUAUGAUAUAUUCCAGUUUCGGUAAUAAAGGAAUAUUUUAUGUUGAAGAGCAUAGCAUUUGUUAAAGCAGAAAUCAGCAUAUGAAAAAAUAGCUCAAAUGGUUUCAAAG